AUGAGGACAGCCUCCGCGGUCUGCGCGUGCGCCGUCUUCUGGAUAGCUUCCGCGGCCUCGAGAUCGGCCGAUGAUUAUUAUCAAGGAAGUCGCCUCUCGACCGAGUACGAUGGACGAAAGACCGACGAUGCAUCGACGACGACCACCUUGGACUUCUUCAAGGUCCGGAGGAAGCGCGACGGCGUCGUCGAGGAGAGGGUGGACCUGCUUCCUGCGAGGCGUCCUAAACAUCGUCGUCGAGGCAGAUGCAAAAACGAAGCUUCUUGCGGUGGGCUCCGCAAGAAUUCGAAAAAAAGCCAGCAGCUUCAAGGUAGUCACGAGGAGUCCUCGGGUCGGGCGGCGCCGUCCAGGGCGUCGGAGGACCCUCCUAGAGGAGGCGUCGACGCCGACGAGGUUCCCGACCGCCACCUGAAAUCCAUCGCGGACUUGUUGAUGCCAAAGAUAUUCCCAAAGCGAGACGAGGCGCAGAUUUACCCAGAAUUUACCGACCCGGUUCCUGUGGAGGUAACGGAGGCGGAUGAGGUCGACCAUGAAGAGGUCGACGGAGUGGUCGAGUCGAGACCCGAUUCCUCCACGAUUUCCGGAAUUUUCGGCGAGACGACCGAGCUGGAUAUCUCCAUGGAGAACGUCUACAGAAGUGGCCAUCUCCUGGGUAGAAACAUGGAGUUUAAGGAGGGCGUCUCUUCAUGGAGGAACCAAGAGAGGAGGAUCGGGAAGGACUACCUCGAGGGUACGAUCUCGUCCUCCAUUUAUGCGCCGAUCGACGAGCGGGUUUCUCUUCACGAGAGCCUCGCUGCCCUCUUCUCCAGGCUCUUCCGCACCCUGAAGAACGGCACCGUAGAUGGCAACCGGGAACUCCUGGACGAUUUCGAGUUUGGAAAUUCUCUCGAGGACGACCUCUGCCAGAAGUGGCUGGACUGCAAGGAUAAACUGGAGGAGGCAUUUCUGGGGCCGCUGGUCGCCCUGCCAGGCUGUCCUUGCCAAUACCCCAGCAACAUUUUCUACGACGAUAAAAUCUGGGACGAACGGCACAGGAGGCACUUCCGGUGGCGCGACGUAAGCGGCGAUUCGGAGAGGCUCGACGUCUACAAACCCGGCGCGAGUUAUUGCGUCCGCUCUUUGGUGGCCCAAGGAAGUGGAAGUGCGGCUGCUCAACAUUGUUGCUACGACAGAAGAAGAAGAUUGUUGACGAGAGGUUCCGGCGCCGGGACACCCAACUUCGUCAGCCCGGAAGUCUCCGUUCUGCUCCACGAGAGGAUCGACGUGCUGCCCUGGAGACUCUGCAAAGGAGAUUUUUCUAGGUUCAACAAGGUUCGACCACCGAACAACGAUAAUCGAUGCAAGGCGAACCCGGACGACGAGGAGUACCAACGCCAAAUGAUGAAUACAAAAUACUACUGAAGUACAAGCAGACCAAAAUACAAACCCCUCUUAAGGGCGCUACACCCGCAACAAUGUAAUCUGCGCAAUUAA